AUGCAAUCUCCAUCACCCAAACAGACUCCAGAGGCUUCCGAUGACGGUGUCGUGAAAAUAGCGACACAACCGCAGUUUGGCCAGGCCAGUCCGCUGCGGAACCCACUGCAGAGGAAGAAGCCGGAGCCCAGCAUCUUCAUCCCCAGGCAAAAGAAGCAGUCUUUUCCUCCAAACCCUCUGCCUGCAUCGAGACCACCACAGCAACCUUCAUCCUCUAUGAAUCCCCCUCCAUCCUCUCAAAAGGCCUUCUACUUGCCCGGACAGCAACCUCAGCCACAGCCUGCGCCAAAGUACUCCUCCGCCCUGGAAGCCGCGCAAGCGUUCACGAGUCAGCCGUCCAAGCGCACCUUUGACCCGGAUGUGUUUGAGAUACCCAUGCCCAAGAACCCGACCUUGCCCACAAUCAAACCUCGCCCGCCGCCCACCUUCUCCUCACGAGGUCCAACCACUUUCUACCAGCCACAAGUUCACCACAGGCCCGUCAUAGAUCUGACAAACAGUCCGGCUCACGACAAUGAUGCUUUUGAUCCCGAUGCAGCGAUUAGAGAAGAGAGCCGGAAAUUUGGCGAGCCUGACCCCUUCAUGUACGUCGAUUCUUCGCAGGCCAACGAAAACAUUAAGAACCUCCUCGAGGGUGCAUUCGACGACGAUGAGGACAAGUCGACCACUCGCUUGAGACGGCGUGCUAAGAAGACGUCGGCGACUGGCAGUGGCGACAAGAAGGCUAAGAGUCUUGCCAACAAGUUGCAGGCGUUGAGCGUGGAGGACGCCGCUGCCAGCACCGAGACGCCAAUCGUCGAAGAGGAUCAAGAUGAAGAAGAUGGCACGGUGGAAGGCCUCAAAGUCAAACUACUCCCCCACCAAGUGGAGGGUGUGGCAUGGAUGAUCGACAAGGAAAUCGGCAAGGGCAAGGUCAAAGGCUCUCUCCCGUAUGGCGGCAUUCUCGCCGACGACAUGGGCUUGGGCAAGACGAUUCAAUCGAUGACGCUGAUCCUCACCAAUCCCCGCCCCGGUCCCGAUGCGAAACCAGAGCAUAAGCUGCACAAACUCCCCGGGCCGGAAGUCGGUAAAGGUACAUUGGUCGUCGCCCCUCUGGCACUCAUCAAACAAUGGGAGGACGAAAUCAAAACCAAGGUCGCCAAAUCCCACGCCCUGCGCGUCCUCGUUCACCACGGCCCCUCUCGCACCAAAUCCGCCAUCGAGUUGAAAAAGUACGACGUCGUCAUCACCACCUACCAAACCCUCACCUCCGAGCACGCCGCCUCCAAUCCCACAUCCUCUACUCAUGGCGCCCAGAUCGGCUGCUUUGGCGUGCACUGGUACCGCAUCAUCCUCGAUGAAGCCCACAGCAUCAAAAACCGCAAUGCAAAGUCCACACUCGCGGCCUGUGCGCUGCAAUCGUGGUAUCGGUGGUGCCUGACGGGCACACCCAUGCAAAACAAUCUCGACGAGUUGCAGAGUUUGAUCAAAUUCUUACAGAUCAAGCCGUACAAUAACUUGGGCAACUGGAAGGAGGCGAUCACGCAACCGAUGAAGAAUGGCAGAGGAGGCUUGGCGAUGAAGCGGCUGCAGUAUUUUCUCCGCGCGAUCAUGAAGAGGCGGACGAAGGAUAUCUUGAAGAAGGAUGGUGCGCUGAAUUUCGGUGGAAGACCUACGGAUGCGGUGGAGGAUGGCGAAAACGCGGACUCGACUCCUUCGUCGCCGAAGAAGAACCCGGGGAUGAAGAUUGUGAAGCGCGAGGUGGCGACGGUCGAAUGUGACUUUGACGAAGACGAGUUGGACUUCUACUCUCGUCUAGAAAGCCGCGCCGAUCGGAAACUGGAGGAGAUCAAAAAGUCGAAGAAGACGGACUACAUCGGUGCGUUGGUGCUUCUUCUUCGCCUACGGCAGGCUUGCAACCAUCCGCGCUUGGUGGAGAUGGCGGUGAACAAGGACAAGGAUGCUAUGACCACUGGUGUGAAUGGAGGGGGCGCGCCGAAGCAGGGACAAGUCGAGGAUGGCGAGAUGGAUGCGCUUGCUGCGAUGAUGGGCGGUGUCAGUGUCGAGACGAAGCAGUGCGAUGUCUGCCAAGUUGGACUUUCACGCGCUGAGGUGGAGGCGAAUGUUGUGAGAUGUAAAGAUUGUGAGGAGGAUUUGGAGAGGAUGCGGAGGCCGAAGAAGAAGAAGGCCAAGGAGGAGAAAAAAUCAGGGAAGGUCAAGAAGGAGGCGAGAAGUGCACGUCGACGAAGAGUUGUUGAUGACAGCGAUGAUGAUGAAGAAGAAGAAGGCGAGGGUGAAUGGAUUGCUGAAGGAGCCGAGCAGCGAAUCAAGCUGGGCAAGGCUGGUGGAAGCGAUGACGAGGAUGCCGAAGGUGGAGGGGAGUCUCUUGGCUCCAUCGACUCGGAAAGAAGUGAUGAUGACGACGAGGAUGAAGAGGACUCACCACCAAGAGCCGGCACGAGACGGCGGCCCGUCAAAAAAGAAUCUCAAAGCGAUGAAGACAAUGACUCGGACGAAAGCGAUUCGGAUGACGACGACGACGAUGAUCAAUCUAUCUCCUCCCCCACCUCGAUGCUGGCCGGCCUCCGACCCAGCGGGAAGUCGCACACCAAACCCUCCACCAAGAUCCGGCGCCUCCUCCGCAUCCUGCACGCCGAAACGCCCAAGCACAAAACCAUUGUCUUCUCCCAAUUCACCAGCAUGCUCGACCUCAUCGAACCCCAUCUGAAGUCGAGCCGCCUUGCUUUCGUCCGCUACGACGGCAGCAUGCGCAACGACGCGCGUGAAGCUUCUCUCCAUUCCCUGCGCUCUGAUCCACGCUGUCGCAUUCUACUCUGCUCGCUGAAAUGCGGCAGUCUUGGCUUGAACCUCACGGCAGCGUCGCGCGUAGUGAUUCUCGAACCCUUUUGGAAUCCUUUCGUCGAAGAGCAGGCGAUCGACCGCGUACACCGCCUGAAUCAAACCGUCGACGUCAAAGUCUACCGCUUGACAGUGCGCGCCACAGUCGAAGCGAAGAUUCUGGAGCUGCAGAAGCGCAAGCGCGAAUUGGCGCGUGCGGCCAUCGAGGGCGGAGCCAAAGCGGGCGUGAACAAAUUGUCGAUGCAAGACAUCUUGUCGCUGUUUGGGCGGGAUGCGGAGCAUGGCAGUGCCCAUCACAAGGAGGACCGCGAGCUGUGGGAGAAGUUUGGGAGUGAUCAUCGCUUGCUCGAUGGGCCUAGUAGUCAAGGGGCGUCGGGAGUAGCCCGGGAUCCGACGAGGGCGAUGAAGCCGGGGAAGGAGAGGUUGUUCAAGGAGCAUGAUUUUUUCGGCCGGAGGUGGUAG